UUGAUCAUACAUUUUAACUUGAGUAUUCUUUUUUUUCCAAGUUAUAUAAUGUUUCUAAAAUUGUCUUUAACAUUUGAGUUUAGCCAACCAACAUGUUAAAAUUAGAUUUUAAAAGUUAUUAUUCAUUGGACCUUUCAUGGCGUCAUCUGCAUGACUAAUUCAUCUCCACUUUAUCAACACAACUGUAGGCACUAAGCAAGUACGACCACAUGCAGAUUUGCAGCAAAACCUAUCAGUAAUUGAUCAUUUUGCAAUAAUGAAACUUAUUUGCACAAGCACACAGUGAGGAUGCGGCCUUCAGCACCUCAUCUAGAGGCCUGCUACUCAAAAUCAUUAUGAUCUUUCUUGGCAGUUUGUCAGUGUCAGUUCCAGGAAAUCAGGACAAUAUGACAAGUAUCAUCAACCACAUCUCAUUUCAAUCAAGAUAAUCAUUGAGCGCGGCAUAAUCAGCCAAUAAACGUCGCUUAGCUUACGAUGCAAAAAGAAAUCUACAUAGCCAAGUCUCGCUUUUGAGAGUAUAUAAACACGGUGUACAGCAGAGGGGAAUCAAGUACCUCUGGCCUUCAAGCAACCGAAGUCUUGAGAAAUCCAAGCGGACAGACAAAAUGAUGAAGACUAUACUACUGCUCGCUUUCGCUGUAUUCGUCUCCAGUGCUUCUUUGAAAGUGAAUGAUAAGACUAUAUUGGGAGAGCUUAUUGAUGAGCUAAAUGCCACAAUGACAACACUCCCAAAGGAGCACAAGGGAAAAGAAAUCUUCCUGAGAGAACUGGUACCUGAGAAGGAGAGCUGUGUGCAUGACUUUUUCUGCCAGGCUGAGCAAGAACUGAAGACGAAGGUUUCUGUGCUAAGUAAAUAUGACGAUUUCCGUACUGACAAGAAACUAAUGAGGAACUUGCAUAUGUAUAACAACCACCAUGAAGGAACCACCUGCAAACCUGUUGAUGAAGACCAAGAUGAAAUCUCCCUGCAUAAAUUCUUGGAAAAUCUCAUGAAAUGUGUCAAGAAAGAAUACAGCAAACCCAAGAAAAAUUAAUUUAUAAAAGAUCAUAUUUAUUAUUUGUCUUUAUUAACAUAUUUUGUUUACAUUGAUUGUAGCAGUAUAUCAUUUUUUUUUUUUUUAUAUAUUCUUAAAUAUGGUCUUUUUUUUGUGAAGCACAGAUUUUGUGCAUUAUAUCUCAGUUCUGUCAGCAUUUCGGUUUACGAAUUUGAUCUUUUUUACUUGCACUGAAACAUCAAUUUAUAGAGCAUUUCUGAAGUUUUUUCUUUUUUUUAGCGUAUCUUGAUGUUUAGAUUGUUGUUCUUGUAGAAACUUGACUGAUGGAAUAGGUAACCUCACAAUAUAAUAAAUACUAAGCAACUAUUUGAUUUAUGUAUCAGGUAUCUAUAUUUUAUUAAAGUAACAUUUGCAUUAAA